AGCUGGAUCAGCUCUGCUAACAUAAGCCUCACGCUAACGUGAGCCCCCAUGCGCAAUUAACCUAUACUCUUCUCUACCCACCAUGCCAGGCGCACUCAAAUUCACCAAUUUCACCAUCUUUCACUCUCACAAAUUGAUCAACAGUUUCUCGUCUCCGAUCCCUUCCGCCGCCGUCGAUUCGGGGAAAAUUCUCCGGCGCAAUUACUUCGCCGGCUGGUGGUGUAGGACGACCCCAUGCUCAACCCCCGCGCUCGGUGGCACCACCCCCAAACUUUUCCCUACCCGUCGGAAUCACUACCGGAAUCUCAGCUUCUACACCUCCGAUUCUAGGAAUAAGGGGCAAGACAGUCAUUUUCAUCGCACAACGAAAAACAAUUUCGGAACUCAAAUGGGCGCCGGUGUCAAUUGCAAGGUCGAUACCGCAUCUGACGUGUCACCGCCGCAUAAAACGCCGCCGCCGCCGGAUUCGUCUAGAUUGCUCACGUUGCCCACGAUCUUGACGAUCGGCCGCGUCGCCGCAGUCCCGCUCCUCGUCAGCACCUUUUAUGUUGAGAGUUGGUGGGGACCACCUGCCACGGUCGGAAUUUUCAUAGUGGCUGCCGCUACAGAUUGGCUUGAUGGAUACCUUGCUCGAAAGAUGAAAUUGGGUACUCAAUUUGGAGCAUUUUUGGAUCCAGUGGCUGAUAAGCUCAUGGUAGCUGCCACCUUGAUCUUAUUGUGUACCAAACCCUUUGAAGCUGGCAUGUUUGGACAAGCACCAUGGCUAUUGACUGUGCCUGCAAUUGCCAUAAUUAGUAGAGAGAUAACCAUGUCUGCAGUCAGGGAAUGGGCUGCUUCUCGCAACAGAAAGCUCUUAGAGGCCGUUGCAGUUAAUAACUUGGGGAAAUGGAAAACUGCGACACAAAUGUGUGCUUUGACUGCCCUUUUGGCUGCCAGAGAUGGAAGUCUUGCAGGGGCAGAAAUUCUUGUUUCUUCUGGGGUAGUGUUGCUCUACUUUUCAGCAUGGCUUUCGUUGUGGUCAUUGGUUGUGUAUAUGAGAAAGAUAUGGAGAGUGCUGCUGCUAUAGUUGUAUUUUUUGGUUCAUAUCAUUUAUAUAACCGAGACUGGAGCCAUCUUUUGCUAUACGGAAAGUUGGUGCUUCCUCUGUAUGGAUCAAGUGCUGAGAUUCUUCAUCUUCGUUUGGGUUCAAACUCCUGAAAGUUGUAUGGUUUAGGAAGGGGCAAUCAAAUACACGGGGUGAAAAUAGCUCUCAUCUGUCGUCUUUUUGAGAGUGACCUAAAAUCAUUGACAGAGCAAUAUUUGGAUAUUCGAAGUCUUCCACCCUCCAGCAACCAUUUUGUUGGGGAUAGACUGGGUGCACAUGCUUAUUGUUGGUCCCUUCGGUAUCAUAAUCGUUUUCGCAGCUCUUAACUUCAUUUGUUCGUAAAGAGUCUGCACUAAUUUAACUUAAAUUACUUGAUUUUUAAUGUUUUUUUCUCUUUAUAAUUGUAAAGUGGUGGCUGUCUGUUCGAGCUCGAAAUGCCGGUUUAUUGGAGCUUUAAAUUCUUCGGUUAUUUUCUAUUGACUCAUGUUGCAAAAAUUGUGGUUGCAUGUACUUCCUAAUUGGCCUUCACACUUUAAAUUUAAUUAUGUAUUGUACAGGAGCCUGUGUUAAAUGGACAUUCCAAGGCUUUACUUUACAUGCUUUACGGUUUUAGACUCGAGGUUGUUCUUUUUCGUUUGGGUAAAUUAUGAAGUAGCCCCUCUUA